AUGAGCCAACCAAUUCUCGAACAGUCGAACAGUUCGGAGUCAGCGUCGCUCGCGUCAAAUUGGCAAUUGUUUCCGCCCCCUCUACGGACCAUUGACCAACACCGGGCAUUCUGGGACUCGGUCGAGAAGUGUGCCCUAGAAUUUAACGAACUUGCAGCCUCAGCUGCAGCUGAACAUGAGCGUGAUCGGGCCAUAGAGAAGCUGGGCAUCGGGAUUUUUGAUGCUUUUGGUGCCCUUUGGGGUGUUGAUUAUACAUGGCUUCAGUUGGUCCUGCAGUACGUAACCCGUUUCAACUCCCAACGAGAGGCUUCAGGGAAGGGAGAGGGAAAUCCCCCCUCAGGAAAAGAAGACGCAGCUGGGAAUGAAGAUCGUUCAUUCUCCAAUAUAGGAGAUGAAGAACUGUGA